AUGUCGCAUGAAGCUCGGCAAAACGCUGUCAACUAUCCACGGCAAAGGGUACGACUUCCCUACCCACGUUCGAAAUCCGGCUGCCUGGUUUGUCGGCGUCUGCACAAGAAAUGUGAUGAGCGUCGACCUAUAUGCACUCGCUGUUUGCUGAAGGGAAAGGCUUGUCAAUGGCCACGUACUGGUCAGCGUGAUCGUGAUCCCGAUCCCGAUCCCAAUGAAGAUGAUGUACCGUCUCUUCAUGACACUACUCCUCCAGCUCAGGGUAUUGCUGAUAACUCUAAUCCCUGCGGGAAUGACUCAUCAUCUCCGGUUUCAAUAUUCGGUGGAAAUUCCAGGUCUGGAGACAGAGGCCUUCGUCUUAUCGAACCACCGAGUUGCUCUAUGGGCAAUGCGUCUUCCAUGUUUCUUGCAUACUUUGUUGCAGAGACCAGCAGAUACUUGACUACCGUUAGCCCAGAGAAGAACCCAUUCUUAACUCAUCUGCUACCGCUGGCUUUCUCGGAUGAGCUAAUACUCCACUCACUGCUGGCUCUUGGAGGGACCCAUUUAGAACGUAGACAAAGCUCCCCAGAAAUCAGCACACGGGUUUGCCGACAUUAUGGGCACGUGAUAUACAUGCUUCAAGAGGCCAUUUCUCAAGAAUCGAUUGAGCCGCUAGAAUUGGUUCGAAUUCUUCUAGCUCAGCUAAUCCUUUACUUAAUCGGGAUUUUCGGUCCUGCUAAAGAUGAAGGAGCAAUGAUGCAUAUUCGAGCAGGAAGAAAAAUUGUCCGUCGGCUGCUAAGUGCUUCCUCAAAAACAAGUAGUGCGCGAGUACUAUAUGGCUUCACCUUCGAAUUAUACACCUACCUGGCCCUUGUAGCCAGUCCUACGCCUUAUAACAAUGGGACAGACUCCGAGCUAGAUACUCGCAGCUCUAUCCUGCUUCCCUGGAACACCCUGAAGAGCUACGGGAAUUUUGGUGCCAUUGUUUCCCCCAUAUACCAGUCUCUAGAGAUCAUCCCGCGGGUGAUUUCCCUUUGCACGCGACGCCAAGCGGAUAUCAUGUUUCAAGAGUGCUCGUCAGAGCAUUGGGCGGAAUUUGUUCAAUUAAUGAGUGCCAUUGAGAGCAUUGGAUCUGCCGAUGAUUUAACAGAACCCGGAGCCAACCUUGAACAGCAAAAAAGUAUCUGCGUUUCAACUAUUUAUCGUCACGCUCUGGCAAUUUUUGCAUACGACGCUAUGUGGUGUGGUAAUAUUGUGGAAGAUGAGGGCCGACUUUCAGUCGUUCGUGGGCAUGCCCUGAGUGCGUUGAUGCUUAUGCCAACUGUGAUGGACACGCAAUUCAGGAACGUUCUCCUUUGGCCAACUAUCGUGAUCGGGUCAUGUCUUCUCAAUGAGACAGAGUGGGACCUGAUUAGAAAAGGAUUAUCCAUCAGCGAGCCGCUCUUCGUGGUAAUGAAGAUGAAGACAAUGCUUGAGAAUCUAUGGGCUGAAAAUGACCCUAUAUAUUUCGGACCUUAUGGCCUACACAAACAUAUGCUAUCGCAUCAGAGUGUGAUUUAUCUUGCAUAA